CUUGUCGACAGUCUGGAGGUGGUGUCCGAGAGAUGAGCGUCUGGUUUCGAGCGAUGCUCGUUGGCCGCCGCGUCUCCAGGCUGAGUCGGCGCCCGAGGGAUGAGUGCGGUGCGGCGGGUGACGACGCCGGCAGGGCGAGGGCGGCUGAGUUGCGUCGGUGGGUGAGAGAGUGUGCGAAAGCGUACUACGUCGACUCUUGCUCGCUGGUUUCGGACGAGGUGUAUGAUGCGGCGCUGAGCGAGUUGAGGGAGUUGGAGGAGAAGGACCCGUUGCGGAGGGAACUGGGGGAGGAGGUGGGACAUCGUCCCGCGCCGGACAGGCUUGUGGCGAGACAUGCGAAUCCUAUGCUUUCUCUGUCGAGUACUCGGAAUUUAGAAGACUUGAGGAGGUUCGAUGAGCGCGUGAGGGGUGUUGGGUGUGGGACGUCCCCGGAGUACGCGGUGGAGCUCAAGUACGAUGGGGUUGCGUUGUCGCUGCAAUACAGAGAGGGGAGGCUUGACAGGGUGCUGACGAGGGGCGAUGGGCAGGUUGGAGAGGACGUGACAAGGGCGUCGCUCAAGUACAUUCGGACGCUUCCGCUGUGUGUGCCGCGUGAUUAUGGAGACUUCGAAGUGAGGGGAGAGGCAUAUUUGCUGAAGAGCGAAUUUGAAAAGUACAAUAAUGUGGAGGGUCAGAGAGGAGUUGUGUAUGCUCACGCCCGGAAUUUAGCUUCUGGAUUGCUGCUUCGAAAGAAUUUUGAAAAGUUUGAGGGCGAGUCGGUUCAAGUUUGCUUUACUGCGUACAGCCUUUUGCUCUUGAACGGGGGGUAUCCUGCUAGCACGCAGCUAGAAGUCCUCGACCUUCUUAAGCGUAUUGGGUUUCACAAUGGAGAGCCCUUCGUGCGUCGCUUGUCGAGGAUUGAGGAGUUCGACCGAGUUGAGGGCGAGUGGUCUCUAUUGCGCCCGGAGCUGCCAUUCAUGGUGGAUGGGAUCGUGGUGAAGGUGAACGACCUGUCACUGUACUACAGGCUUGGCUGCACGGCGCACGCUCCGAGAUACGCGAUGGCAUUCAAGUUUUCGCCUGAGAGGGUCGCGAGCACGGUCCUAGGCAUUCGCCUGAGCGUCGGGCGCACGGGUCGGGUCACACCUGUCGCCCUGUUGGACCCAGUGCGCGUAGGAGGUGUCAAAGUUUCUCGGGCGACACUCCACAAUCGAGAGUACCUAGAGAAAAACCACAUCUCAACCGGCAGCCAAAUCCUGGUUGAGCGCAGCGGCGAUGUAAUCCCCAAGAUCGUCGGGGUCGUGGGGUCGCCCGCAUCUGAGGUGCGCUGGGAGCCGGUCGAUUGGUCGACCUGUCCCUGCGAGCAAAAAUGUCCGUUAAAAACACAAAAUGGUGACGUUUUUUGUACCAACUCGACGUGCGGUCAGCAGCGACUGCGCCAACUGACUCACUUUUGCGGUGCACUAGAGGUGGAUGGGCUGGGCGCAUCCACCGUGUCGCAGCUGUUUUCGAUGGGUUUGGUGGAGGACAUUCGCGACGUCUUUCAUCUCGACCGGCAUGCCUCCACCUUGGCAUGCCAGCGCGGGUGGGGGGAGCGGAGAGUUCGAAAUCUGCUCGCCAGCGUUGAAUCUGCCAAGAGAGGGGCCACCUUGGACAAGUUGGUCUUCGCGCUCGGGAUUAAGUCGGUGGGCAGGGCGCUGUCCGCCAAAUUGGCAGAGCGCAUCAAAAGUUUGGACACCUUGAAAAACAUGUCGCAGUCCGAGCUGCAGUCGGUCGCAGAGGUCGGUCCCGUCGUCGCUAGCGCUGUCGAGUCCUACUUCGCGAGCGAGUUUGCGAGGGAUCUUCUCGCCUCGCUGUCCGAUGUCGGCCUACUCGCCGAGGUUGAGAGAAAUGAGUCCGCCGCCCGGCAGAGCGCGCUUCGCGGCAAGAAUGUGGCCUUCAGCGGCACCCUGCGAUCCAUGUCCCGCAGGAAAGCCGUCGGGCUGCUAAUUUUGUGCGGGGGUAGGCCCCAGUCCUCCGUCUCGAAGAGCACGGACUACCUCGUCGUCGCCGACGACCGCCCGUCAAAAAAAGUUUUGGACGCAAAAAAAUGUCACGUAACCCUCUUGACGGAAGAGGAGUACCUGGCCAAACUUCGACCACCAUAAAAAAAGAGUUAACUCACCACCUCAUAGUCUUUUUUCGGCGU